UAGAUACUAGUAUCUUCAAUUGAGUGAGUGCGGUUCACUUGGGAAUCCGCCUACGCCUCCUAAGCACUUCGUUAACUUUGCCUGUGUUAAUCUGUACGACACCUCCAGCAGUGCAUAGUCGCCUAGUUGUCCCGGUUCUGUUUAUCCGAAAGUUUAUCCCAUUUUGUCCGAGUUAGACCCGUCUUAUCAAAAUGGAUUAUCCGCUUUUCUGUUUAUCGAUUGCACUUUGUUUAGGAUAUAUUCAAUGUUACGGUCAAAAUUAUUAUUACGAAAACCAUAAGUAUUGUGAUGAUUUGUCUCCGUAUUUUGGUGAUAUAGAUUUGGAUACAAUUUCUGGAGUUUGGUAUGGAGUGGAAAAAAUUCCACACGCGUCUAAGGGUGAAUAUAGAAUAGAGCACACCAAUGAGUGCUUCCACAUCGAAAUAAAGGAAACUGAUGUCCAGCCUACACCACCAACGCCGUAUCCACCUCUAACAAACUACCCUUAUGUUGAUCGAACGUAUGGAUUGCCGGAGCAAUAUAGGAUAAGGCACUUUGUAUUGGAAUGGCGCGAGGGGCUUUGGCAGGAUAACUAUCACAUUCGAGUGAACACGUCCCAUAAGGGAUUUUGGCCCACAGACGUACCAGAUAAAUCCGUCGACAAAAAUUACCGCUUCUUUGGGGGCGUCAUCCAAGUGCUGAAGGUGGCACACAAUCAUCUGGUACUCAACUUCUGCAUGCGAUUGCCCAACUCUCAACUCUACAGCGUCGUGUUGUCCAGAAAUGAAAACCAGCUCACUCAGGAAGAUCUCUCAAGCAUACACAGAAUCUUUUCUAUGAAGAAUCUAUCAACAUCUGCCCUGAAACGUGUGUGUGAAAGUUCUAGGGCUAACCUCAAUAUAUCAAGCGUUAUGCUUAUCGUUGUGUGUAUGCUUAUUUGGAGAUCUCGCUAGUAUUCAAUUACGUAUAAGAUUUUUAAUGUCAUGUACCUACUUAAGAUUUAUUAGUCUGAAAACUAGAAUAUAUUAUGGUCAGUAGGAUAUAUGAAAUAUUUAUUAAUAAAGGUAUUUUUCUAUCAUG